GACAUCUAUUGCACAUGAUCUAUCCAGCUGUCAUGGGGUCUGAGCGUUUCCCAAUCAACAUCCGUCUUACCGGAGUCCUUCAGAAGGAGAAGAACAAGAUGUACAUAACAUCUGUGCUUUGGUCGGAUCAGAAUGAAAUUGUAGUUUACAGAAGCUUUAAAGAUUUCAGAGAAAUGCAUAAACAGCUGAAGAAGAAGUUUUUCUCUGGAAGUGAAAUGAAAAGAUCUGACAGAAUCCUCCCUAAAUUUCAAAGCAACAAAAUGAAGCAGAAGAGCCAAGGCAAGGGCCUUGAUAAAUCACUGGUGCACCUUAAGCAUUUGCAGAAAUACUGUAAUGAACUCCUGAGGUGUGAUCAACAAAUCUCACAGUCUGCUGACCUGGCAAAGUUCUUGCAACCAAAUGAGAAAGAGCUAAAACCAGAGUUCACCAAAAACAGCAUCCUCAUCAUGCCCUCUGAGGACGAGAUCAGGAGCUUCGACAGACAGGACACCGGCAGUAAUGUGACCCAGCCAUUUGUCACAGAGACCUACCGAUGUAUCGCCCCAUAUGAGACCAAAGACACCAAAAACAAACCUUUCAAAGUAGCUGUGAAUGAGAUGCUUGACGUUCUGAUCAAAGACAAAGCAGGGUGGUGGCUCGUAGAGAACGAGGACAAGAGGAUGGCCUGGUUUCCUGCACCCUACCUGGAGAACCUAGAAGAUGAGGAGGAUGAAGAGGAAGUGCAUGGUAUACCAUCAAGAGGGGCGCUUUACAUAGUUGUCAAGAGCCACAAUUCCAACAUAGUGGAUGAAAUAAGCGUGAACAUUGGUGAAGUGGUCGAGGUCCUGCGGACCCCGGAUAAUGGCUGGUGGUUCAUAAGACACAAAGGGAAAAUGGGCUAUGUCCCAUCUCUGAACCUCCAGCCCCACAUAUACCCUCGGGUUCAGAUGGGGUCUCAGUGUAAUGUCCAAAACUCCUCUUCACUCCUGCCCCCCUCCUUUACCUUACACCACAGCAAUUCCUCUGGCAACCUAGCCCAGCAUCCAAACCCCAGGCCCACCUCCCCCAGCCUCUUCCCAACAGAAAGAGGCUGGUUCAGAGACAGGUCCCAGUCUCUGAACCAGUUGUCCGAGGAGCCUUACGCUCGGCCUGCAGUGAGCCUCCCUGCUCCAGCAAACGACUACCCCGCCUCCACAACAUCUCCGGUGCAAGCCCCCGUUCCAGUCAUCCUGGUGCAGAGUGACGCAGAGCAGGAGCAGAACGGACAGAUCCUCAGAGCGGAGUCGGUGGACAACUAUGAAACCGACAGCUUCAGCGAUGAUGCCCUCAGCCUGAGCUACGGCGCCAACUACAAUCAGCUGCGAUUCUGCCACACGGCACAGCCCAUAGUGUCCAACCACCUCAGCCCAACGAGCAAACCUGAGGGAACUCUGGUACCCAGCGUCUCCGACCCCAACCUCUACAAGGGGCCCCAACCCCCGAAGGUUCCCCCGAGACCGGCCCAGGAGAUUCUCACCCACUGUUCCUCAGUCACCCGUAAGAAUGUGACUAAAAGAAACCCCUGUCACCAACUUCGACUGAGGUAACGGGUCUAUGAAAAUUAAAGCUCUUUGUUAUUCUUAUGCUAUUUUGCAAUAACUGCACACUGGAUUCUUGACUGCCUUGGAACAUAAAAAAACAAUCAGAUAUAUCCUUUCACUUAUGUGAUCAAUACUUUAAUAUAUAUAAAAUAAACAAGUAACCAACAACUGGGUGUAUUUUGUCUGAAUAGCUCUGUGUUUUAAGUUUUAUAUCAACUCAUACCAGAAAAUCCUCUCAUCUGAUAUCUGUACAUAUUACAUUCAGUUAACUGUAAAGAUUAAAUGAAUAAAAUGAUCUUGUGGGUUUAAUACUGAAUGCUUUUGUGUCAUACCUGAAAGAAAAUGUUCAACGCAUGGAGUCUUCACAUGUAAAAACAUUAUAGUGAGAAGAGUCUCAUUUUUUUGAACAUGUUGACUCAUUUUUGUACAUUGUUCUUGGUGAAGUAGCCUGGACCUACUUAAUGAAGUUCUGUAAACAUCAGUUUUCAAUUUUUAAUUAAAGUCUGGACUUUGGCUUUGA